CUUUAUGAGCAGCAUCAGGACCAAGUUUUUGUCAGAGGAAAAAAGUCAUGCUCUGAAGAAACUUUUGGUUCAGGGAUCACAGCGGAUGCCACAGGUGUAGCCGCUGGGCUCAACAGAGUGAUGGCUGUUCAGACUGCAAUCAUGAACCCUCAGUUCAUGAAUUUCUGCUUCCCUGGUUCUGUGAUGGAGUACGAUGUGGAGAAAAGUCUGGAUGUGAGUCUCCUGGGAGAGGCAGAAAACGAUGAGGACUACAAAGAGACCACUAAGGACUUGCUGAGCUUCAUCGACUCGGCCUCAAGCAAUAUCAAGCUGGCUCUGGACAAGCCAGUGAAAUCCAAAAGGAAAGUCAACCACCGGAAGUAUCUACAGAAGCAGAUCAAAAGGUGCACGGGCAUUAUAACACCAGGAAAUGUAGAAGAAGUCCCUGUUAAAAGACAGGGUUCCCCUCUGGCUCAGUCCAGCCCUUUACAGAGCAAAACUCUACCCAAGCGCGAUGGGGUCCAGGCCAACUUACAGAGCAAGAGCUUGGCAGCCCUUUUCAGUCCCGUGAAGGAUAUAAGGGGUGAAAAAGCUAAGAAGCCACCUCUGAGGCAUCGCAAUCUGCCCCCCUCUUUCUUCACUGAGCCUGCCAACUGCUCCAAAGUCAGCUCUACAUCUGGGAUGACACUGAAGGAUUUGGAACGUGGUAAUCCUGAGGCUAUAGAGUUCUUUGAGCUCCUGGGGCCUGAUUACAGUAACAUGGUCAGUGAUCAGGACCCUUAUCAAAGCAUGCCUCUCCGAGGGCAGCCAGACAUGGGAGGCCCGGAUCCUACUUCCUAUGAUGCCCACCAUUUAGUUGGUGGUCUCCUCUACUCAGAGCCCUGGACUAACUGCUCUGGAGCCUCUAAGAAACUAGGGGACAGCCUGCGUACAGGCCCGGCUCAGCCUCCCCUCUACUGUCAUUCUGAGGCUGCUACUGGGCCCCUAGAGGACAAUACACUGUGCACUUUGGCCUUCCCAAACUUCUUCACAGACUGCUCCAUACCUCAGGUCACUUAUGAUUUAAGUGGUAGUUACAACAGAGCUAAUUAUUCCUCUCUAUGAGAAACUGAGAAUUCCAUGUUUAGACUGAACUGCUGUGUUUAACUGUAGCCUAAGAUAUUUUAUAUUACUGUGUCAUAUUUGUUCCGGAAGUAAUGUUGCAUCUGGAUUGUUUUGUAUCAUCCUUGCUCAACAGGACUGUGGGUCAUGACUCCCCCCCCCGCCAGAAGCCUACUUCUGAUUUUGAGCAUGCUUCAGUUUUGUCACCAGAGGGAGGCUGUUCAUCAGAAUGAAGCUUAUUAUUUUGGAAAUGUGUUAGUGAGACAUUUCAUUACAUUUUUGUAUUUUGCAAAAACAAGCUGUGGAAGUAGUUGUUGCUUUAGUUCACUAAAUUAUAGAACUAUAUUAUAGAAAUUAUAGAACUAUUUGUCACAUGUGACAACACAUACUGCAGCAAUCUAUCAAUGAGGCAGUUUUUCAGUCCUGUUAGUUACAGUUCUAUGCAGAGGAAUAGCAGAGGGAAGUCAUUUUUGCUGAAAUCAUGAUUGCAACAAUGUGCAAUGCUAUGUUUGUUUUACAGCACAGAAGUAUUCAGCUGGCAGAUUUGCCAUUUGUAUCCAGUUUUGGAAAAGCCUUUAAUGUAUCUAGAUAUUGUAAGAAGACAAAAUAAAGCUGGUCUUUAUUACUGUGACAACAGUAAAUGGUCUUAUACUUGUACAGCGCCUUUCUAUGCUUUUACAGCACAUUCAAAGCGCUUUCACAUUAUUCG